AUGGAAAGAGAACGUCCUACAAGUUCUCUGGACAUAGAGUCGUCUGUUGGGUUACUCGACGCACAGGGGUCAGAUGAAAGCACAUCCAAGGAGCUCGAGGAAUUCAUGCGACCAGCCCUGUCUGUCAAGAAGAAAAGAUCAUUGCGGGUUAGGCUCACCAUCUACACACUCCGCUUCCUCAUCGGUCUCAUGGCAUUCAUCGGGAUCAUGAAUUUGGUCAACGCUCUGGUGAACAUGCGCGUCGAACGAUUCGUGCCGUCCUACGACAACCCCAAGCACGCGGCCGAAUACACCAACCACCCGUGCUACUGCGGUGAGAGCGUGGCCGAGGCCCUCUCCAAGGGAUGCGUGUUUGACGAGCUGUCGACGGCCUGGCUCCCCGAACGGUGCCGGGACGAGGAACUGGCGGCGGAAUUCUCGACCAAGGGCGACGGGCCGAACGGGACGUGGCUUUACUGGGCGGACAAGGAGCAUACGCAGCCGCUGACCGUGCACGACAUUGCCAUGUACGCCGACCUCGGCACCAGCCACUUGUUCCACAUGAGCAUCGAGUGGCAUCGCCAACACUGCCUGUACUCCUGGCUCAAGGAGCAUCGCUUCAAGACGCGGCCCGACAAGGUGUUUGAUCCGCGCUCCGACUCCGACGGCCAUAUCUACCAUUGUAUGAUGGUGUUCAACACCCCGAGAAAUGAGACGGAGGCGGGUACAGUGCUUGAAGUAUGA